AUGGGUGCUUUUCUUCAUUCCAACAAUGUAGGAAGGGCGACGACAUUGUUUGAUGAGAUGAUCAAGGAAGGGGUUUUCCUUGAUUCUAUGGCAUACUUCACUCUCAUCUCUGGGUUGACUCAAGUUGGUAAACUGGAUGGUGCUUAUUCGAACGUGUCGUCGAUGAAAAAGAAUGGUUUUCGAGUAGACAUAAAGAGCUAUAACACUUUGAUCAGUGGGUUUUGCAAGAAUAAGAGGUUGGAUAAGGCAUUCGAGAUACACGACGAAAUGUGCAAGGUAGGGCUUAGGCCUGAUAUCUUCACAUACAAUACUUUGAUCGAUGCUUUGUGCAAGGUUGGUGAUUUUUCCAAGGCUGAUAAAUUCCUCAGCGAAAUGGGCGACGAUGGAUGCAAACCUAAUGUUGUCGCUUAUGGAACUCUGAUCAAUGGUUUUUGCAAAGCUGGUGAUCUUGACCGGGCCAUGAAGUUCUUCAGGAGCAUGAUGUACAAAAUAUAUUGCCCAACGACCUACACCUCCAUUUUCAAGGGUCUUGAGGACCAUAACAUAUUUGAAAAAGCAUUCAAGCUUAUGGACAAGAUGAGUUCUUGGGGAUGCAAACCAAACUAUGUGACAAUGGAUGUUCUUGCAGAACGGUUAACUGCGAUCAGUGAGAUAGAGAGACUUAGACUAUUUGUGCAACGAACAUCUGAUAUUGACUCGGGCAAUCUUGAUGUUUAA